AACAGCCAGACCGGACCGGAGCAACCCAAGCCGAAGAAGCGGAAGAAGCCUCGUUGACUGCCUACCUUUCUCGCCUCGUCUUCCCCGAAGCCGUGCUGCUGCUCUUCCCCCUUUUCCCUGCUCCGCCCCGCCCCGCUCCGCUCGAGAGCUCGCCACCGGCUCCUCCCGUCCGCUCCCUCCCCCGCGCCCCGCGGCUCGCAGGUCAAACAGAUAGGAUCAUUUGGGGCAGGGACUGUGGUUGUUUGGGUGGUUCUUGACAGCAUGAACUAAAGUGGAAAUGAACUUAGAUCCCCUAAAUGAUAAUUUGAUGGAAUUCCUUGGAGCCGUGGACGAAUUUUCCCCAGAAUUACUCUUCCUCUGAUGCAGUGGUGUAUUUGAUUGUGUCAGGAAGCUCUAUACAUGGACAGAUACAGAGAUAAGUUUAAGAGGCUGGAUGAGGCAAGCCCUAGGUCAUCUGUGCCUUCUGAAGUGGGAGGGGGAAGCAGCCUGAGGUUCAGCAUGCCUAGGUUUGGUUAUGCCUCGUUUAACCCACUAAAAUCUUUCAUGUCAGGGAUGAGAAAGGGUUCUGGAGGACUCAAAUCACUUAGACAAUCAAUUACAUCUGGUGCUCCAAAGACAGCUUUUGCGGAAGAUCUUAAAUCUUUUAACAAGAAUAUAUUCGAUCCCCAGGAAAAGUUUCUUCUGCGAAUGAAUAGAUUUUUCUUCUCGUCGUGUAUUCUUGCUGUUGCAGUGGAUCCGUUAUUCUUCUUCCUACCCAUCAUCAACAAUAGAGUCAACAAUUCAAAUUGCAUCGGUAUAGAUAAGAAAUUGGCAGUGACAUCAACAGUGCUACGGACUAUUAUUGAUUCUGUCUAUCUUAUUCGUGUGUUUCUUCAAUUCCGCACUGCUUAUGUUGCUCCAUCUUCUCGAGUGUUUGGAAGUGGCGAGCUUGUUAUUGAUCCAGUGCUAAUUGCGAUGCGGUACAUGAAAAGUUACUUUAUAAUGGACUUCUUUGCAUUGCUACCACUUCCACAGAUUGUUGUUUGGAGAUAUCUUCGCAUUUCUGAUGGUCCAGAUGUACUGUCUACAAAAAAUGCACUGGUUUGGGUUGUCUUGUGUCAAUACAUUCCAAGGUUGCUAAGGAUAUUCCCUGUGACCAAAGAUCUGAAAAGGACAGCUGGUGUAUUUAUUGAAACUGCCUGGGCUGGUGCUGGUUACUAUCUUCUCUGGUUUAUGCUGGCUGGUCAUAAUGUUGGUACUCUGUGGUACUUCUUAACCAUAGAGCGCGAAGAUAGUUGCUGGCGUUUCAGCUGUCAUCGAGAAAAUGGAUGCGAUACCAGCUACUUGUAUUGUAGUGAAAACCAUGGUGUCAGUAAUAGCUAUAACAGUUGGAGUAUUAGUUCCCAAGUAUUUAAUCAGUGCGAUGGUACCAAUGAUGAUUAUUUCAACUUUGGUAUCUAUAAGCAAGCCUUGGUCUCUCAAAUACUUGAACCAGGAAAUAUUAUCUCUAAAAUUUGUUAUUGCUUCUGGUGGGGAUUACAGAAUCUAAGUACCCUUGGUCAAGGGUUUACAACAAGCACAUAUCCUGGAGAGGUGUUAUUCUCUAUUGCAAUAUGCAUCCUUGGACUGAUCCUUUUUGCGCUCCUCAUUGGUAACAUGCAGACCUACCUUCAAUCAGUUGCUAUACGCCUUGAAGAGAUGAGAGUUAAGAAGCGUGACGCUGAGCAGUGGAUGCAUCACCGUGCACUGCCCCCACAAAUCAGAGAACGGGUAAGGCGGUAUGAACGGUAUAGGUGGUUGGAGACCAGAGGAGUAGAUGAAGAAAAUUUGGUUCAGACCCUUCCCAAAGACCUUAGGAGGGACAUCAAACGCCAUCUCUGUUUGGGUUUAGUGAAAAGGGUUCCUUUGUUUGAGAAUAUGGAUGAAAGAUUGCUUGAUGCAAUAUGCGAGCGAUUAAGACCUGCACUCUACACUGAAAACGAAUACAUUUUGAGGGAAGGUGAUCCAGUGGACGAGAUGCAAUUUAUUCUCCAUGGCUGCUUGGAGAGUGUGACCACCGAUGGGGGCCGAAGUGGAUUCUUCAACAAGGUCCAGCUAAAGGAGGGUGAUUUCUGUGGCGAUGAGUUGCUCACUUGGGCACUGGAUCCCAAGUCUGCUGCUAAUUUCCCAGCUUCUUCCAGGACUGUGAAAGCUCUUUCUGAGGUCGAGGCAUUCGCCCUGUGUGCUGAGGAGCUGAAAUUUGUGGCCAGUCAGUUCAGGAGGCUGCACAGCAGGCAGGUUCAGCACACAUUCCGGUUCUACUCCCAGCAAUGGAGGACUUGGGGAGCCUGCUUCAUCCAAGCAGCUUGGCGCCGCUACUGCAAGCGGAAGAUGGCUGAGCAGCGCCGCAGGGAGGAAGAGGCUGCGAACCGCCAGAGCAGCAGCGGCGGCCCUAGCCUUGGAGCAACCAUCUAUGCGUCUCGCUUCGCAGCCAACGCGCUCCGGGGAGUCCACAGGCUUCGGAGCAAGACUGUUCCUGCCAUUGUGAGGUUGCCAAAGCCUCCUGAACCAGAUUUUGGUAUCGAUGACGCUGACUAACAAAACAAUCAUCACACUUUAAAAUGCCUGUACUUGACUACUUGAGCAGUUAACAGAAGGUGCCUGUAGAUUGUGUACAAAAUUCAAAGACGGAUGCAGAACAUUACGCUUGUAAAAGUUCACUAUAGAAGAUGCAAAUGUAUAAUGCUUUUUUGCCA